AUGGGCGUGCAAUGUGAUAUCCGUUUCACCAACAGCACUCACGGGACGUUUCUCAGCGGUCAGCGGCUGACCGGGAACGUCCAGCUAAAGCUAACGGAGCCGAAAAAGUUUAAUGAAAUCAGUCUCCGGAUCGUCGGUUACACCAAUGUGCAGUGGUCUCAGAAGCGCGGCCAGGGCAGACGGCGCCGAACGGUGUACUUUUCCGCCAAACGCGAUCACUUGUCAUCGGUAAAGGUGCUGGUCCCGUCGCAGCAGGGUGGAACUACGACAGAACUGCCUGCCGGAGAGCACGUUUACGAAUUUGCUUGCGACCUGCCCGCUAACUUGCCGACAUCUUUCGAGGGUUCGUAUGGACAAUGCCGCUAUACAGCCCAGGUGGUUAUGGAUCGGCCCUGGAAGUUCAACUUGACGUACAAGGUUGGCUUCACCGUCAUUAAACCGCUCGAUCUGAACACGGUCUCACCUGCGAUUCGCAUGCCAGCCCGGAUGGAAGAUGCCCGCGUAUUCUGUUGUGGAUUGUGGCGCACGAAACCUCUGUUUGUACGCGUGACCGUUCCCUGCACUGGGUAUGUGCCCGGUCAGGCCAUUCCACUAACGAUUGACCUGAACAACCAAUCCUCGCGCAUGAUUGAGGGUGUAAACAUGAAGCUGCUGCAGGAGGUGACGUACAACGUGGAGUUUCCGGAAAAGAAAACGCGCCAGGAAGUGCACACCGUCGUGAAGCACAUCGGAGAAGGUGUUGCCGGUGAAACGCAGCGGAAGUACGAACAGCGGUUAGUGGUACCGACUGUAGCACCAACGUGUGCCGGUCUGAAUCUUAUCAACGUAUCCUACCGGUUGCACAUGACCGUACGAGUAGAAGGGUGCGGAAUGGAUCCGGUACUAGAGAUCCCGCUGACCAUCGGAACGAUCCCUCUACUGUCCUAUCAACCACCAAGCAACCCUGCAGGUGCAGUAGCAUCCACUAGUGGAAAUGUCGGAUUUAGUUUCGGUACCGUGCAGGAUCAGCUGCCAACUUCUUCUACGGGCACGGAGAGAACUGGAGGUAUCGAACGCGAAGGCACACUCCCGCCAGAGUAUCUGCCUCCACCGACUUACGAGGAAGCGAUGAACGCUGCCGCAGUAGUUAUAACCGACGAUUCGGAUACGAAUGCAAUCGGUACCAAACCCUAUGUUCCGCUCUAUCCAUCGUACAACUUCAACAAUGUUCAGUGGCCUCCUCUUCCGCCGUUAGCACAGCAACCCUCACCCGCACCGUUGCCGCCAAAACAGUAAUCUACGAAAUUCUCCUCAAAAAUCUCUUAGGGUGUGCGGGUUGGGAGAACCUCGCUCUCAAAGCGAAUGAAAAGGAUCCUGAAAUGAUCAUCAUUCUGUUGUGGAACACUCUUUGUUAAUGUUUUCACAUUCGUGCUUUUAACAAUUACAGCAUUUACAUUAUUCCAUACCCGUGCGGUGUAUAUUUUGACUCUCUUUCUAUGUUCUUUUUAUGUGGUGUAUAUAAUUUAAAAAAAAGUGUCGUUCCACUGCGAGUGACUUUGUGCAGUGGUAAUACAAAAUGUACUUAA